AUGUCGGUCAAACUCACAUUUGUGUCCCCUGGUGAUGGGGGUGGUAUCAGCAGGAGUUGUUCCUUCACUGGCUUCAGCACUGUGCAAAGCAGAAAACUGGCGAAGUCUCUCGGCAGAAGUUCAGUGAGAUCAAGAAUGUCACUGAAAUCCCCCAAGGCUUAUAACUCCCUGCAGAAAGGGGCAGUCAUCUGGGAUCCAAAGCCACUGCAGGUGAAGAAAAUUUUUGAAGCUUUGAAGAAAGGACUUAAUGAAUAUUUGGAAGCACAUCAGGCUGAAUUGGAUUAUCUCUCUGGUCGACACAAAGAUACGAAAAGAAACUCCAGAUUGGCUUUCUACUAUGACCUGGAUAAGCAAAUCCGUUCUGUGGAGAGGUACAUCAGAAAACUGGAGUUUCACAUAAGCAAGGUAGAAGAACUUUAUGAAGCUUACUGUAUCCAGUGCAGGCUACGAGAUGGGGCGGCGAAUAUGAAACAUGCCUUUUCCUUGUCUCCUUCCACCAAAGCUUCCAGAGAGAGUCUGGUGGAGCUUUACAAGAACUUCCAAGAGUGCACAGAGGACAUGUGCUUUAUAGAAGGGGCAUUGGAGGUCCAUUUGGGAGAGUUUCACUUGAAGAUGAAAGGGUUGGUGGGCUUUGCACGUCUCUGCCCGGGGGACCAGUAUGAGGUGUUUGUGCGACUGGGACGCCAAAAAUGGAGGUUGAAAGGCAAGAUUGAGACUGAUGACAGCCAGACAUGGGAUGAGGAAGAAAAGAUUUUUAUACCCAAUCUCCAUGAGAAGUUUGAAAUCAAGGUGACAGAGCUGCGAGGACUGGCCACUAUUCUAGUUGGUGUCGUGACAUGUGACAGCAUAAACUUCUUUACAACCAAGCCUCAGGCAAUCAUUGUGGACAUAACUGAACUGGGAACCAUCAAGCUGCAGCUGGAAGUCCUCUGGAACCCCUUUGACACAGAGAACCUGUUCUUGUCACCUGGAACCACUGCCAAGUUUUCUGUGAGUAGCAGGAAGAGCUCAUUAUACAACUGGACCCCACCAAAUACUCCCAGCUUCAGAGAGAAAUAUUACCUGUCUGUUUUGCAACAAAGGCAGAGCCAGGGGGAUGGAAGUGAUGAAGCUCAGCCUCCCAGCAUACUGAGCUACUUGGCUGCCUGUGAUUUCGAUGUGCAUGGGAGGAGCAAGCCUUGCACCCCAGCAGAGACAAGCGAGGUGGACUCGUUCAGCUCUGAGGAUCAGAAAGGGAUGGAAUCCAGAACUGCAACUCCAGCUCUAGACCACAGGACGUUGCCAUUGGUGAUGAUUCAAGAGACUUGUGCAGAAGAGCGACAGCAUCAUCUUCCAGAUCGCACAACUCUGGAUAUCCUGAAGAAGACGCCGUGUGUGGAUGGAUUUCCAAGUAACCCACCUAGUUUUCUGAGUCGUCACAAAGGUGGAGAUUCUUUCCACCAGACCAGAAACCACCGUCUGACAGAGCAUGAAGACUUCAGCCAGAAAAGUUUGAAUGCUGCACAUGACCAAAAACUAGAUGGACAUACAAAGUCAAUUGAUAAGACUCUCCAAGAAGUGUUAAAUUUGCUGAAAUCAUAUAAUGUGGUGCAAGCUCAGCUGGAGAAAUUGGAAUACCAGGUUUCAUCGCUGAGAGAUAAAUUAAAGCUAGAGACACUUCAUCACAAACACUCAUCUAUGGAAAGCUUAAUGGUGGAGACAGUACUGGAAAGUUUUGACUUCCUAAACGCUGACUGCAGCGCCGAUGAGCUGUCGUUGUUCGGAAGCGUACGGACAGCCAGUAUCAGCACAUACAAUGACACCACACUCCAGUCCCUGAGCUGUGACACGAGAACAGAAACAAGAGAUGUAACUACUGGUGAUGAUAACUUAGACACGCUUUUGAUAACUCAUCUGAAGCUGUGCAAAGGCCUUUUGCAGAAACUGAGCUCACCCAAUGUAGCCCAGGUUGUCCAGAGGAAUAUCCUGGAAGAGGUAUCAGAGCAGACGCGGGUCCUAGGGGAUGUCCUGGAUCUGUCUGUUGAAGAAAUUAUUCAGAAGAUUAAGAAGAAGAAGCACUAUCUGAAGAUGUGGAGUGACCUUGCAGAGCCUGGCAGCAUCUUGUUUGCUUCAGCAGAAAGAUUCCGUCACGCACUAAAAUACACACUGAUGCUCAAAGUGAAGGAGAAGUACCCCCGUCAGUUAGAAGCAGUACUGCAGAGGUUGCUAGAGCAGAUUGUCACCUGUGAUGGGCUGCUCCCCUCCCUGCCCCUCCAAACAGAACUAGUGACUUCAUUCCAAUUUUACAGCUACCUGGAGAAGCACCACAUCACCAGCCUGGAAAAACACUUGGGAAAACUUGCUAAAGAAGUGAUGCUGAUCGAGGAGCUGCAGUGCCCUGGGCGGCUGAAGACUCUCAAGAAGCUGAAAGGAAAGCGGCUGAACAGGCCCCCGCCGCGGCCCCAGCCGCUGCCGCAGACGUUGCGGCUCCUGGGGCUCCUGCAGCUGGACGACAACCACCGCGUCAGCAAAGCGGCCACGGCCUGUCUGUGCCGUGUGGCAGCGAGCAGGAACUGCAGGGAAAAGGCUCUCUUGUUUUACACGGAUGCUUUAGCUGACUCUGACACAAGACUUCAGCAAGCUGCAUGUCUGGCUCUUAAAAACCUCAGAGGUGUUGAGAGUAUCGAGCAGGUUGCCCACCUGUGCCAGUCCGAUGCAGAGGAGGUGAGGAAUGCAGCCAGGGAAACAACGCUCUCCUUUGGUGAACAGGGCCGGCAAGCCUUUGAGAAGAUGGACAGGAUCUGCUGUGAACUCAGAGACACCGCACAACAGGAGGCUGAAAUUGAAAUCACAGUGUUUUAG